UGUAAUUUUAGAUUGAAAAAUACUAAUAGUGCAAAUUUAACAACUAAGAGAGAAAAGACAUGUCUCCCUCUGUGUCAGUAUCGUGGACCUCGUUUGCAAGUGCCAACAGUUUGAUCAAUGUGGGUUCGGAGGCCUUGUGUUUGUUAUGCGAAGACAUAUUGUGCUUCAGCGAUUUAAAAACCAAAGCUAUAAGUUACUACAAGGCGGAUAGUGCAGAGCUUGGACUGGGAAUAUCAGCUGUAGCAGGCCACAAUCGUUUCAGUUUGGUGGCCUUCUCUGAGGUGGUGCUUAGGCCCUCAAUCCAUAUCAUUCAAUAUCCGAAAUUCACUAAAUACGCGGUAUUUACAAGCAACGAUGUGGUCAAACUCGUUGAUAUACGUUUCACUGAGUAUGAUCUGCUGGUGGCACUCUCCGGAUAUCCCAACCAUACCCUAUGUAUUUGGAAUUUCCGCACAGGUCAACUUUUAUGUCAACGUGCAACAAUGAAAGAAUCAUUGUCACAGUCCUUGCAAUGCUCUCUACAUCAUACGCCACAGAUAGUCCAAUAUUCAGAAUGGAACAAACAAUUGAUGGUUUGGGAAAUUUGUUAUACAGCCACUGAUGUGGACUUGCAUGAAAUCUCCCGUAUAACAUUGAAAAACGAACACGCAUUGAGCAAUGUACAAUCCAUGUGUUAUGGCGAAGAUAAUAAUUUGUAUAUUGUGGAUAAUUUUGGAGCUGUAUCUUUGGUACAAAUUGCACAAUUUUUCUUGAAACCGCAGUGGUCCCUGGAUAUAGUCAACGAUUCAAAUACUGUUCCGAAGCAAUUUUAUAUAUGUGGCCAUAAACAGGGCUUGCUAGUUAAUUGUAAAGACGCCGUCUACUAUAUACGAAAAAAGGCAAACUUUUGGCUAAGUGAAUGGCAAAUAAAUGAUCUGCCAUCAAGCGGACUUUUUAAGGUGAUUUCUAAUAUCGGAGGAGAUAUAUACGCUUCUGGACCAAUGGGCAAUCUGUAUCAAGUGGAAAUGGCCAUGGACAAAGCUACCUUGGUUGAAUUUCAUAUGAGCCACGAAAGUGUCAUUGACCUUGUAGUUAUAAAAACUGAAAAUAAGGAAUUCUUGCUUCUACUAACCUCUGACAAUAAGUUGAGAGCUCUGGAUCUGCAACACCCAAUUUUAUAUUCAGAAUUGGAAAUACCAUAUGGUUGUGCUAUUGCUGCCAAUAAUACUGACCCAUACAUUAGUGUGGGUACUACCACAGGUACAUUGCAUUUCCUCAACUACGACAAUAUUGGCGAACCUAGAGAAGUUGGGGUUUCGGAAACCAAUAAUGCACACCCCUUAGUUUCAUUACAAUUGCUGGACAGCUUGGCUCUAUAUAGAACUAUUUACGAUGGCUUCUACUUAGUGCAUGCCGACUUCUUGAAAAACAAAUUUUACGAAAUGGCCCAUUUGGUUGAAACUCCUAAAGAUAUAAGCGUUUGCAAAUAUUUCUUGGGCGAAGAGAGUGGUGCUUUUGUAUUUGUAAACCGUAAUAAGGACAUCCCUUUACCCCAUGCUUGUGAAAUGUGGGAAUUUUCAGUGAACCGAAAGAGAAAGGAUGUUACCCGACAAGAUUACCAACUACCACACACUUAUCGUGAUGUAACGGAGGUUAAGGUCAUCGGGAAGGACGUCAUGGAAUUUUUUGCAGUUCGAAUGGAUAGUUCCAUCAUUGAUAUUUUCAAUCUUAAAACAAAUGCUAACGAGUUGAUACUUACGGCAUCUAUACGCACGAAUCAUUGGUGCAACAUAAGUGGUAUAGCCAAAUCGACCAAUUUACUGACUUGGGGCUUGGAUGGUACAUUUAUUCAUCACUGUUCUCAUAAGGAAUCACAAAGACCAUACGGCAUAAGUGAAAUAUUACAAAUCAAAUAUCAACCAUCAGUGGUAAAGAAAGUCGUCGAAUGUUCCAAUGUAAUGUACCUUGUUUACCUUUCUUCGGGAGGUGGAGUCGUAGUUAUGAAAAUCAAUCCUGAAAAUGUUCCAACGCUAAAAAAUGACUAUGUAAGCAUGGAUCCCAUAACCGUUGAAGGACAGGAACCCUUUACCACACCCAUGGAAUCAAUUCGAACCGAUGUCGUUGUAGAACAUAGCCCAGAAGAACUUCGGGCUAGGGAAGAGCUCCUCAAGAAAGUUAAAGAACUAGAGAAGGAAGUUACUGCUUUGAUAGACUACGACAUAUCGGUGACGGGAAAGACUCAUGGAAUCUAUAGAAAAUUUUGUCUUAAUCAUGCCUGGCUACAAAAGCUAAUCGAAGAGGCCAAGAAAUUGUGUGAAAUGGAAAAGAAAUCGCUGGAAGAAGCUAUUGAGGAUCAAUCAAAAAUUCGCGACUGGAUUCGUGAUUUUAUUAUGGCCAACUCAGUUAGUAUCACAUUUAAGAUUCGUGCCAUAUUUUCCAAUUUUUCAUUUGAAAAUUAUGGGCGACGCAAGGACAAUGAUAACUUUGCAUCCUUCUAUGACUUGUAUCGUUUCUACAAUAUGGAAAAUAUUGAUGCAGAAGAUGAAGAAGAACCUCAAAUAGAGACUUCUGGCGACACUGAGAGUUUAGUGACGAAGGUGGAACAAAAAAGGCGAAAAUACAUGGAUAUACAAGGUUCAGCCUACGAGCACAUCUUAUCUGAUGAGUUGGCCCUGCAAGAUAUUGAAAAUGUGACAGCCAAUCAAAUGUACAAUCACGAUGCAAAAAUUCGUAUUCUGUUAACCGAUCGUCUCAAGGAAGAAUUCAAUAAACAAUUCGAAGAAAUUCGCAAAAUAAAAUUCGAGCUGAUGGAUACCAUACUAGGCACAAAUAACGCGCUUUGUGCGAUUUACGAAAAUAUGAACUGCAUGCUGGGUCUACUGAAGAUGGAUCAAUUUAAGCCACCCGAGCUUUCAGUACCCCAAUGGCAAAAUGAUGAAUUUGUGCAGCGCAUAAUGGAAGUAGACGAUUCAGAAAUCAAGGCUGUAAAUCGACGCAAGAAAAAGGCCGAAAUAACUUCUAUGAAACAUGGACGUUUGCUCUUGUGGUCUGUAGAUUUCUGGGCACGUGCAUUGGUCGUUAUGAUGGAUGGUGUUUUGGAAAAACUUUGGCAAGACGAAAUCAAAAAGGACAUACCAGUACCAGAGUUUAUGCUUAAAAAAGAGCCCGGGGAGUACACCAUCGAAGAUUUGAAAGUCCAGCGUGACUAUGAGGAAAAAGUUCGGCUUUUGACCGAAGAUCGAAAGAAAUAUUUGAAAAUUCUCACCGACAACGACAACAAGGUGAAGGAGAUGAAAGCCAGUUAUGUUCUGAAACUGAAUGAACAAAUAGCUCAAAUGAUGAUCACAAAAUUGAAAUAUGAUUUCUCCAUUAAACAUGUCAGACUGAGAAACUUAAAUAUUAAAAUUAUGUACUUUAAAAAAUUGCAGUGGCUGAAAAGGAUUUCGAUGUUGAGAGCUGAUAUUGACAAAAUUGGUGAAUACGUUCUACGCUAUACAAAACUAUCAGAUUUUUGGAGCAAAGCUGUGGAGGAUUUACGCUCUAAGGGGGAGAAUUUAGUUCUUCGCGACCGAGUUAUUGAAAGACAAUUCAAAACACAAUAUCUUAACUUGAUUCCCCAACACAUGGGCCCUGAAAUGAAUAAAACUUUUAAAAAGCGUCCAAAGUUAUCGCCCAAAAUUUUAAACUCUACCCUCAUAUGUAAGGAGCUAUCCAUAAGAGUCAACACCAAAGCCUUGCCCAAAUAUCCCUUUCCACUACCAAAAGACGUCUUCGAAUAUUUGGAUGGUUUGAAUGCCCUUGAUGAACCAUCGAGUAUGCCCAAUGCCUUAGAUCCUCGAUACUGGGAGCAACUCACUAAAAUGCGGCGUCAAAAAGUGGAAAUGGAACUGAAGGUAAAGGCGGUCAAUUUGCAAUUGGCCGAUUCGAUAUCGGGAAUGAAUUAUUUUAACAAGGAAUUGGCUAACUUGAAGAAUACAAAAUUAGAUGCAUUUCGUCAGCUGCAAGAGGCUCAGGAAGAGUAUUUAAAAUCAGUUCAAAAUCAAACUCUCGAACUACGUUUGACCAUGGGUCAGGUGGAGCUUAAUAUCAUGGGCUCGCUGGAAAAACUGCAAAAUUGCAUUCUAAUGAACGUUGAUGAUAUUAAUGAUAUAAAUGCUUUGAUAUUGAAAGCUGGCCAUAUGAAAUUGAAAGCCAUGCAGCGAGUAGCGUUUUUCCGGCGCCAGGUGAUCUACAAGGAAUGGAAGCAUAAAGACACCAGUGCCAACAUUGAAUAUCUUAAAUUCAUGCUCUAUGUCAUUGAGAAAUGCAAGGUAUCAUUGGAAUUCCUGAACAUUCUGAGAAACUGGCAAAAGGUGAAGGCUGAGAAACAAAAAAUGAUGAAUACUGUGGGCUUCAUAGAGAAGACAUGCGAAGAAAAGCAGAUAUCCUACAGAAGACAACUGGAACGAUUAAAUUCUCAGAUCGCCAGUGUCCGUCAACAAAUUGACGAAAUGAAAAGGGCCAACAAAAUUGUCAAUCGUCAAAUAGAUGACAUCAAAGUGGCGGUGGCUUUUUCAACAACGAAUAGAGACUUUUUAAUUGAGGAGAAGAAGCGCAGGGAGCAAAAUGAAAAGUUGGAAAAGCUCAAAAAAAGAAGCCAACUUAUCGAUACUGUUCGCCGUGAUUAUGCCCACAUUAUGGAGCUAAAAACCAUUUUAGAAUUACAGCGUUUGCGUACAUAUCCCACACUGGGCCCUAAUCCGGAUCAUUGCAUGAAGUAAUAUAAUUUUUAUGAUUUUUUUAAAUAUACAUUCUAAUAGCCAUCAUUGUAUGACUCCUACCGUGUGUACUGAAGGUUAUCUUCUCAGACGAUGCUAUAGAAACUAAACUAAAUAAGAGUGCCGUAAAAAGAA